UAUUAUAGAUAUAGCGGAACUCUGACUCACUUAUCACUUAACUCCUUUCUUUUCUCUAUCGCCUUGUCGGCUUGAUGCUGUGUGCAGUGCUCAAGGUGUUUAUUGUAGGCUAGAGUGACAUCUUAUAAGGAAAUAUUGAAAAUCUCCAAGUGACACUGUAGCAGGCCCUUACAGUCCUCGAGGAUGCACUCGGCCACGUCUCCCGAUCCAAUUUCCGAUUCUUGGCACUGUUUAUUUAGUUUAUAAUAAAGUGUUCGCGUCAACUCUUCAGCUGCGGCUGAACAAUCCCCCUGCACGUGGUAUAUAUAACGUAUUUGUUUUACGUACAUAUAUACCUAUAUACUUACGAGUGAGGUUCGAAGUGAGGAGGACAUGCUAGUGUUUCUUUACGCACUUUACAUGUUUGGCAACUACGUCGUUCGUCGCCUUGCUGGUGCCAAGGACGACGAUGACACGUUCCAGGCCCCGUACGCUAGUCCCAAGAGAAUGAGAGAACACACGAAUUUUAAGCGCCGCAAUUCCGGUGACUCGGUUGACGAAGAGUCCAAGUCUAACAUCACUUUCAAUCCUCCAGCGUACGUCCAAAGGUUUCAGGCCGUAGAAAAAAUUCUUACCGAUCCGCGUUUUGGUAGGAAGCUCAGGAAGGUAGUAGACUUUGGAUGUUCAGAGCUAAAUUUUAGCAUUUACUUGAAGAAAAUAGUUGGAGUUGAAGAAGUACUGUUUGUAGACAUUGACCGCGACACUUUGGACAGGUACAGUCCCAAGGCUAAACCAUUGUACGUUGACUACCUUCACAAAAGGUCAACUCCCUUGGUUGUGAGAAUUUUGGAAGGUAGUGUUAAUCACCAUGAUAAACAAUUGGAAGAUGUAGAUGCAGUCGUUUGCAUAGAAUUAAUUGAGCAUCUAUACCCAGAAGACGUGACAAAUUUUCCUUACAGUAUAUUUGGUUAUAUUAAACCAAAAGUAGCAAUUGUCACUACUCCUAAUGCAGAUUUUAACGUACUUUUUAAUAACAUGUCUGGAUUUAGACAUUGGGAUCACAAGUUUGAGUGGACAAGAAGUCAAUUUCAAGACUGGGCAAACAAUAUUGUUUCAAGAUUCCAAGAUUAUGAAGUAACAUUUCAUGGGAUAUGUGAUGGACCUGCAGGUACUGAACAUCUUGGUUCCUGUUCACAAAUGGCUGUCUUUUACAAGAGCUGUGACCUGGCAGUUCCGAAAAUCCCAGGAACUGAAGGACUUUUCAAAACUGUAGAAACGUAUGAAUAUCCUUAUGAAGUUGACAGUCGUUCGGAUGAAGAAAAAAUUCUUGCCGAUGCUGUUUAUUACAUAAGAAAGUUGUCCACUAAUAAUGAAUUAAUGGAAGAAGAAGUGCCUCUUCGAUCGAUUAUGAGUCUCAUGCAAAUUCCCGUCACUGAAAGUGAUUUGAGAGAUAUAUUACGUGGUGAUGGAUGGUCAAUUGAAGAUAGAGAAGAUGGGCCAGUUGUGAUGAUUCCUCCUCCAACUCAGUACUCUGAUCAAAGUACAAACCAAGAAAAUUUUUUUGAUAUUGAUGCUUUUAACGACGAAUUUGAUAGUGACGGUAGUGGUGUAUGGGGUAGGGACCCAGGACCUCCAGCAGAUUAUUUUUUAAAUAGAGUUAGUCAAUACCAUGAUUAUGAAAUAGAUGGUGAUCCAAGUAGAGAAGAUUGGGAAAACGAACCGCAAAUUGUUAUUGUACGAAAUUUAGAAGAUGAACCACAAAAUGUAGAAAACGAUGGAUGGGGAACCUUACCAGAAGUAGGAAAUGCAGAGUUAGAGGAAGAAAAUGAUGAUUCAGAAUAUGCUAAUACGACUUCAUCCAUAUACGGCGAUGACACAAAUUUAGAUGACUUGGAAACCGAGAGUCAUCUGAGUGAAAUGGGCAAUUCUCCAAGAGAUGAAUCAGUAUUCAUUUCAAGUUUUUCGGAAACCAUAGAUUCUGGAAAUUCAGAAGUUUCAAGAAACUUAUCUUCACAAGCACUUAACUUGACAAACACGGAAAAUAGUAUUGUUGAAUCGGGUAGUUCUAUUAUCAUUUCUGAAUCCAGAGAUAAUACAAAUUUUGAGACUCCUGAAAAUAAUUUCUGGAAUGUCACAGAUGAAAGUAGCAUAUCUACGGUCAUGAUUGAAACUUCAAGAGCAAAUACAAGUGUUUCUUUUGAAAAUUCAUCAGAUUCCAUCUCAGUGUAUGAAAGUCCUAUGGUAUAUCAGCAUACUAAAUCAUUAAAUUUAGACAAUACUACAGCCAAUUCUCAUGAAAGUACUUUUGAAGAGCCAACUAACUCUAGUUCUCUAAAUAUCCCUAGUGAUUGUAAAAGAAGGAAAGUUGAUAAAAAUACUGAGCUUUCAAAUUUAGAUGUUAGUAUUCAUGAAAAUGCAACGUCAGGUGAUGUACUUCAAAGCACUGACAGUAAAGAUAAUGAUCUGAGUUCAUGUUCAAAUGAAGUCAGUGAAUGUUUACACGAAACUAAAGAACCUAAAAAUCCAGCAAAUGUUUGGCAAUAUACAAGUACAGUUCCUAAUGCUUUAAAAAGCAAAAUUUUAGACACAAAAGAAGAUGCAAAAGCAGAAAAUAAGAUGGAAAAAAUAUCUCCAGAUACGCCAGGUAGUUUAGUCAACAGCAGUUCUCCAGAAAUUAUGGAUUCUGGCUAUCCUAAUUCUAAUACUCCACCAGACUUAUCGCCAGAAAAUGACUUUUUAAGUGUAGCUCAAUUAGAUUCAGAGUCACCAAGCAUAGAAGAUGCACCAAGAAUUGGUUUGUUUGAAGUGGAACCUCAAAAUAGGGAUCUAGAUAAUAAUAACUUGGAUGGCGAAGGAAACAAUUUAGAGGCUAGAGAUGAUCCAGAUCUUAAUGCUCUUUUACCGAUCAUGAAUGAACUUGAAAAUGAUUUGGAGAACGAAAAUGAUAUUUAUGAUCCUAGAAAUGGUUUCCCAGCUUGGCUACUAAGGAUACAAUAA